UUUAACAAGCGUAGGAAUGGUUUAUUAGUCCACACAUUAGGGUUCCAUUAGCACCAGACAUGGCAAGAAGAAUAAAUGUAUCCUGCGGAGCCUGUAGAGCGCAACGCAAGAAAUGCUCACAAGAAUGUACUUUGGCUCCACAUUUUCCUCCCGAUGAUCCUCUCAAAUUCACCAUCGUGCAGAAAGUAUUUGGAGCCAAAAAUAUCAUCAAGUUGCUUCAAGAGGUGGAAGCUGACAAAAGAGGAGAUGCGUUAAAUAGCAUGCUGUAUGAAGCGAGUGCAAGGGUGAACGAUCCCAUUUAUGGCUGUGCAGCUGAAGUUUAUCAACUGCAGAAGGAAAUUGCUGAGCUGGAAUCCCAAUUGGCAACCACAAAGGCAGAGCUAAACCAAAUGCGGUCUGAGUAUGGUAAGCUUGUAUUUCUCAUGGGCACUGGUUCUCUCGAUGAUCAACUUGUUUAUCCAAUAGAUGCCACAUCACCACCAGGAGAAUAUAUCAUCUAUGAGGAAGUGGAUCCCUUUCUGUCAUGUGGUCCGUUAUGGGAAGCAUAGAAUUAUAAGAGUCAGUUGCUUGAGGUACCCUUCGAACAUAUAUUCCUUACCGUUUGAAGGAUUACAUAGUCUAUUCCAAGCAGCGAUAUUCUAACCAUUGAAAUAAAAUAUGGAUAAGAGGUUUACAUUACAGUAUGUAAAAUUAUGGAGUUAAAUAAAAUAUGGA